CGCGUGCCUUCCAACCCUGCCGGGAAGAGACUUCUCCGGAGCCAAUGGGGUGCGGCCUUCCUUGGGGUUCAUCCAAUGAGCUCAUUAGAUGCGUUCACAUUGGCCAAUGGGGCUUCGAGUGACCCGUUGGGCAAAGCUGGCCCCGCCUUCCGUGUCUCUGAGAGAAGAAGCGAAGGCCAAGUGAAGCGGGAGAGCCGUUCUAGGCCGUUCCUUCAACUCCGUUAAGAUUCUUAUCCUGAGCCGCUCUUCCAGCCCUCUCUCAGGGACGCCAUGGGGACCCAUCGGGUCCAGAGUUUGCUGUUCCUCCUCCUCCUGGGAGCCCCCUCCUUGGCUUCAGUGCAGAACUUGUACUGUCACAAGGGUGUGUCCACCAGUAUAGAAGAGGUUCCAAGCAGUGUGUUUAACUGGACCACGGAGAAGGUUGAGAGUUGUGAGAGCGGGUCAUUCUGCCAGGAAUCCCUUCUGAUGGUUAAAGCAGGGACCAAGACCGCAGUUUUGGCCACUAAGGGCUGCAUCGCUGAUGGGACGCAGGCGGUGACGUAUGUCCAGCACUCCCCGCCCCCAGGCAUUAUCACAGUCUCCUACUCUAGCUACUGUGAUGAUUCCUUGUGCAACAGCAGAGAAGACCUUCAGGAACUCUGGAGGCUGGAAGAGACCCUAGAAGCCUCCAGAGCUCCCAGUACGUCGGUAGUACCCCUCUCCUGCCCAACCUGUGUGGCUCUGGGGGCCUGUCCAGCUGCUCCUUCUCUUCCCUGUCCCAAUGACACAAUUCAGUGCUACGAAGGAAGACUUCAGAUCCAUGGAGGAGGCAUCAAUUCUUUUCUGGAGAUCAAAGGUUGUACGUCCAUUACCGGUUGCGGGCUGAUGGCUGGGGUCUUUACCAUAGGACCCAUGUGGGUGAAGGAAGUCUGUCCGUACCAGUUUCUCCUUCAACCCCGGAAGACUGAAAAUGGGGCCACCCGGCUUCCUGUUUCAGUUUGGAGGUUAGAGCUGCUGCUGCUACUGCUGUUACUGCAAUAACUUGUCCGUCGUUCCCGAGGAGACGCUUCCGGUCCUGGAUUCCGAGAUACGUCUUUUGAGUGGGAGCCUUCUGACGGCUGGUCGUCAACAAGUUGAGAUUUGAAGAAAAGAAGAGUUCUUGCGGUUGUAUUUUGUAUUUCUAAUAAAGUUUCUGCUGUGAUUUAUGCAUAACGCAA